AUGCCGCCCCUCUUCCCAGCACCGAACGUGAGGACCCCCGCCGUCUCCCCCUUCCUCCUAUCAUCGCCGUGCGCGCCCGCGGACCUGGCUUUCGCCGCUCGCCGCGGUCACCCGCGCCCUCCCCUCGUGCGCUCACGAUCCCCGUCGCCCGACCCGUGCUCCCAUGCAUCCCCGCGCCGCCCGCGCCCUCUCACGCUGCACAGUCGCCUGCCGCUCCGCCCCACACACUGCGUCGCGCGCACGCACAUCACCGCCCGGUCACCCCACUCCCCCACGACCCCCACUCUCUCCCUCGUCCCUCCCCCCCACUCGUCUAGAUCUGGCUCGAGGAGGAGCCCGAUUCCGCGCCGCCUCGCGCCCCCGCCACCUGCGCCCAUCCCCAGCGCCGCCCGACUCCGUCAACGCCAUCGCCUCCUCGCCCUCACGCCCGACUGCACCGCCCCCGCCUCUCCAUCACCGGCUCCACUGAGCCUCGCCGCGCCCCCCCCCCCAGACGCCGGCGCCCAUUCCUGGCGCUGCCCCGCCGCCGCUGCGGCUCACGGCCUCGACACGCCGGGCCUCAUCGCCGUCGUCUCCCCGCCUCGCCCCCGACACCCGCGGCGCCCUGAGGCCGACGUCGUCGCGCGGAGCCCCCCGUCGCCGGACUUCCUCGUCCCCGUCGCCGUCGUCUACCUCGUCCUCUCCCUCGCCGGACCACCUCGAGCCACGCCGCCCCUCUUCCCAGCACCGAACAUGAGGACCCCCGCCGUCUCCCCCUUCCUCCUAUCAUCGCCGCGCGCGCCCGCGGACCUGGCUGUCGCCGCUCGCCGCGGUCACCCGCGCCCUCCCCUCGUGCGCUCACGAUCCCCGUCGCCCGACCCGUGCUCCCAUGCAUCACCACGCCGCCCGCGCCCUCUCACGCUGCACAGUCGCCUGCCGCUCCGCCCCACGCACUGCGUCGCGCGCACGCACAUCACCGGUUGCGCCCGUCCGCCGUUUGCCCCGCGCCAACGGCCGUCCUAG